UGAGAUAUAUAUGUGAUAGGCGGCGGCGCGCGCGCACAUUGCAAGUGUAGUGAUUGCCAAGCACAGGACUAUAGUGCUGAUCAUCCAAGUUCAUUGUUUUUUGAUAUAAAAAUAGUGCAACGUAGUGAUAAUUUGGAAAUAUAAUAAAUAAUAAAAUGGACAUAAUAAACCGAAUAGUCGACGGUUAUCAUGACCUCAUGGACAACAAAAGUGACCAGAGAGUGAAAGAUUGGUUCCUAAUGUCUUCACCUUUCCCCACAUUAUGCAUCUGCCUCACAUACGUUUUCGUAGUAAAGGUAAUAGGUCCACAAUUUAUGAAAAACCGGAAACCCUACGACCUAACACGUGUAUUGAUUUGGUACAACCUAUUUCAAGUAAUCUUCAGUGCAUGGCUGUUUUACGAAAGUGUCGUCAGUGGAUGGUUCUGGUCUCAUAGUUUUAGAUGUCAACCUGUAGACUACUCCAGAAGUCCUCACGCUAUGCGAACAGUAGCUGGCUGUUGGUGGUACUACUUCUCGAAGUUUACAGAAUUCUUCGACACGUUCUUCUUCGUAUUGCGGAAGAAGUUUGAUCAUGUUUCGAAGUUGCACGUCAUCCAUCACGGCAUCAUGCCUAUGUCUGUCUGGUUUGGAGUCAAGUUCACGCCUGGCGGUCACUCGACGUUCUUCGGAAUGCUGAACACGUUCGUACAUAUCGUUAUGUACUCGUACUACCUCCUGGCAGCCCUAGGUCCUAAGGUUCAGAAGUAUCUUUGGUGGAAAAAGUACAUCACAGUCAUACAAAUGGUUCAAUUCGUGCUGGUGUUCUUGCAUGCCUUCCAACUUCUCUUUAUCGACUGUGACUACCCCCGAGCCUUCGUCUGGUGGAUCGGAAUGCACGCUGUCCUCUUCUACUAUCUAUUCUCUGAUUUCUACAAACAGGCUUAUAUUAAGAAGGCCAAGAGGGCAAAAGCUGCAGAAAAAUUAAUAGAGGAGGAAGCUAAGUCAGACUCAAAAGACAGAGUUUUGCCUCUCCUUAAUGGCUUCAGCAAUGGAGCCGCGCUGGGUGAUGUACGACAAAGGGUGGCUGGCGCUGUCGCAUCACAAUAGAUGUUAUUUGUUUAAAAAAUACCACCUACCUUAUUUCGGGGAAACAAUUGCAAUCUCAAAUAAGAAAAGCUCACUUAGUUAAGGGAUAGUUUACUUUGCCUCAGACGGUUGACGCGUCGAAAUAUCAAAUCUAAGCUGAUGAAUGUUAGAAGAAUAUGAAGCUUUCGAUACGACUAUUAGGCCAGUAAAUCAAAACCUAUCUCAAAUUGAGAUAAAAUAGUUGUCAGGUGAUGAAACUACUUAUAAAUGUAAGUUAUGGUAUAAUCUCUCUCUAAUCGGUUGUUAGUUUUUGAAGAAUGUUCAAUGGUUUUAAUGAAAUGUAUGUGUUGCGCAUUGCGCAAGUUUUGUAUAAGGCGCAACUUUUUAUUAAUAGAAAAUAACAUGAUACUGUCUUUGGUUUAUGCAAGUACUGCAUAUUAAAAAUCUUGGUCUGAAAAAAACUGAAUGUAUACGUACAUUUAUUAUUCCUGUGGUCAACAUAAUAGCUGAUAUGAUUCGGUGCUACAUUUGUUCAGAAGUUUUAUAUAAUUAUCAUAAAUCAAUUAUCUCACCACCUAAUGUUCGUAUUAUAACUUGAACCUAAUUGUGAAAUUUCUGGAAAAUUAUCUAAGAAUGAGGAUAUUAUUCAAGGAUAUUGUAAUUACUAAAUACUUAUAUAAUAAUAAUCGUUAUUCUUACAAAUGCAAAUUUUCCUUCAAGUUUCCUUGUUUAGAGAAGGAAGAAGCGGUUGCACGGGUCUUUCAUUAUUCAUCAUCAGCUUAUUAAAACAGUUUACUGUUGAUUUGGAUAAAGUUUCUUUAAGAUGCGAGAGAAUCUCAAGUUUCAAAAUGUAAUUAUUGCAUUUGGUGUAAAUAUACAUAUAGUAAAAGCCUUUUUGGAAAAUAUUUCCCAAUUAUUAAUGUCAAUAUCAGACUUAAAAAAUAUUUAUUUCCAAAAGUGACACUUGCAUUGAUAAAAGUUAAUGUAAAAUGUAAAAAUGUAUUUGCUUUAAACAUGAAUGAAAUCCAACCUGACAAUUUAUGGGGCAUCAUAUAAUUUACACUUCAGACAGACAAAAGUAGUGCAGAGCAUAUUUGAUCAAGGAGGCAUUUCAAGUGUAGUUUUGUAAGUAGAAUUAGUUAUUAGUUAUAGGUUUUGUCAAAAAUAUGGUUUGAUAAGAAAUUUAACAAGAUUUGACAAAAACUAUAACUCGUUAAAUGUACAACUUUGUGAUACCUAUUUAAUUAAAAUAAUAACAAUA